AUGGUUUAUCGAGCACGAGUUCUAAGAGGUUUAGCCUUCACUCAGAUGAUAUUUGGUUCUUCAAUGAUAGUAGCCGGUAUAACAAGCAUUUAAGGAGCUAUAGAUCACUGGUCUACUAAGGCUGGUUUUGGAAUAUGGGUUGGCAUUUGGGUGAGUAAAAUUAUUAACUCUCUAGGAUUUAAUUGUAUCAAGAGUAAAAUCUAGUAAGUACCUCAUAUUUAAGCUUACUUUUGCGUCACGUUUUUCAUUAAAUUCAUGGGACAGAUCUAUGAUAAAAUAUGCUAUUCACAAGAGUGAUUCUUCACUUGUUGUUUGUAAGACUCACGUUUUGAGUAAGUGAACAUGAAUUUCAGAACUCUUUCUGAACAUUCUAUACUGGAAACAAAUAAAUAAAAGGUUUAGUUUUCGGCAAAAAAAAACAAUGCUGUUGCGUUGACAAAAAGUGAAAAAUACCGUAUGGUAAAUAGACUUAAUCAACUCAGUAAUAAUAUCUAAAAGGUGACCUUUAAAGCGCUACUCCUUCGGUCCGACGAAGAGCUGGCUCGUGUUUGACAGCUAUAAGAGGCACAUCAACUCCCACUAUAGGUAAUUUGUGAAACAUGAAUUUAGUUUGUAAGUUUGAAAAGCAGGGAUUUUCACCUUGCCUCUAUCAUCAAGCUUGGUUUUUAGGUGGCUCGCAUCUGAAGGUGAAUUUGUGCACGGCAAGACUUUAUUUAAGUAGAGUUUCCAUGGCAACUCUUCGGUGACGUCUUUGCUUUCACCACUUCAAUUUUUCAGACGAAAGAAACAUUUACUCGAUAAAUUAAGUCUUCUUGGGAGUAUCUUCUGGUUGGAAAGGAUGGUGUUAACAGUGGAAUAGCACUAAAUGAACACCAACGUAUGUAAAAAUUUAAAGCGGAAGUAAAUGAACUGUACGUGCGUAAACGCGUACGCGGACUUCCUGUUUGCACGUUUUUUUACUGGUGUAAGGUAAAUUUACGCAAAUUUCACGUACAAAGGGAAAAUAUGAAUUUGAUUUGAAUUGAAGGUAAAAACGAGAAUUUGGUUUUAUUAACUACUCGGGGCCGACCAUUUUACUUUUGAGGGGAGUAUGCGGUUAAUUGUAGAAAAAAAUAUCCUGCCGACUGAUUUCGAGGGAAAAAAAUUCUUGCAAGGAAAUACCUUGGGGAAAAAAUUUCCUACACUUUCAUGGCUUAUAAUCCUGGAAAAAAAUCUUCCACCGUUACAUUGUAUGGCGGGGAAAAAAAUCGAUCUAUCACCAGAGGUUGGGAGAAAAACAAAUUCUCACCGAAACCAAAUUACUAUAGUCCCCGCCUCCUUAACUCCCCCCACCAAUUAACCCAUACCUUCCCCCCCGGACAAAAGUCAAAUGAAAAUUUAAAAGAAUGCAGACAAGAUCAUCACAUUUAAGUACGCAACUUAUGCAUUUGGGAAAUUAAACCUUCAUUUAUUUCUUCAUUUCGCUGUUCAAAAACAUAUUAUUCAUAUAUUCAUUAUUUCUGGCUUAAUCGGCUUAGAGCGGCUUCUGUCUUAUGACUGGGGGUCUAAAAUAUACGAUACUGCUAUCGGCUGUGAUAAUGCUCGAGGCAGACACUCAGGGGACAGGUGUCAACAGCACUGCUUUUCAGACUGAUAAACGACUCCGAAAUUAAUCUUUAAUUCCACAAUUUGGAAAGCUUCUUUUAUUAAGAUCAUUAUCUAUUAAAAAUUUUCCAUUUCCAACAAUGUAUCGAUUUUUUUACCUCCGAAAUAUUAAUGAACAAUCUUGCUGAUUCCAAGUUGUGUCAUGUGCGUCGUAUUGUAAGCUGUUAGGUGCUGAUCAGUGGAUUGUUAGGGUGCAUUGGUGCAAAAGAUGUUACAAUCCCAAAUAAAUGCAUGGUUAGUAUCCUUUCUAUUAUUUCAGCAGAUCUUGUUUUGAAUGUACAAAACCUAACCCCAGAAAGCCUAAGAAUCACCGCUGCCUGUUUAUCUGCGUGGUAGCCCUGGCUUUGAUCCCAACAGUGAUGAUGCUCCCAGUUGGUUUGUUAACUCAAGAGGUAGAGCGCUGCACCGGUAUUACAGGGGUCACGGCGCUGGUGGGUGCAACUCCUGUGCUAGCCUUUUUUUUAGAGUUUCUUUUCGCAGUUGCCAAAAUUGCGUCCACAACUGUGAUAAUGUUCUUCACAUUUAAGAACUGCCUUGUUUACAUUUAUGGUACUCCUUUUCUAUUAAAUCUAUAUAGUUCUAACCUUUGAGUAUGAAGACACGAAAUAUUCUGUUGCGUUAUUGUGUGGCCAUUUAAAUAAAAAUCCUGUUCACCAGCGCAUACGCUACGUAAUAUUUUCCGUUUAUAUGGCAAAAUUAAUUUGGUAAUUACAAUUUGCGAUAAUUCUUAAAAUUUGAACUUGCCCUUUGCCAUCUAUUAAACUGGCAGUUUUAUUUAAUUCGCGACCAGAGUGGCACAGCAAACGAAUUUGAAGGGUAGCAAUAAAUUAUCAGGUGAUCUUUAUUAAUAGUCAUUUUUGCAUCUGUCCACAGAUUGGAUGUUUUAUGGGAUUCUCCAUCACUGCUUGUAUCAUUGCUGGAAUCAUGUUCAUCUGCUACUGCGUUACUCUUCAAGAGCUUUCCCACAUUACUCAUUGCAGGGCUGAUAAUUUUUGGUGGAGUCUUGACACGUACUGUUACUCACGUUCUGAACGAAAUAAAGCCUCAUUUGGUUUAGAGGUGGGAUCUUGUCAACUGACCUUUUCCGUGGUGGUUUUCUUUGUUGCCCUUGCUUCAUCCAUCUACUGCUGCAAAGCAGUGUGCUGUGGAGUUCCUCCUAUAGGCAGAGUAAGUAGCAUAUAAUGAUUCUCAUUUGAUUUUCUCUAUCAUGGUAUUCGUUACUUCGCCCCGUAUAAGGGAAUCCAAGACAGUCUUGGAUUCUGAAUUCCACACCUCGGAUGCCGGGUUACAGGUAUUAGAUCCGUGUCUUUGUCGGGGGAAGUUGGAUUCUGUAUUCCAGAUCGUUGGUGGGAUUCCGGAUUCCGUGAGCUGUAUUUUGGAAAACAAAGCCCAGGAUUCGGGAUUCCAUAAGCAAAAUUUUUCCUAGAUUUCGGAUUCCAGAAGCAAAAAAUUCCCGAAUUCCGGAGUCCACAUUCCAUAACAUGCGGCGAGGUACUUGUCGUGAACUGUGGUGCCUUUGUGUAGCCCUUUCCUACCCAUUGAUUUCAUUCGAAUAAGGCUUUCUGUCAUCAUGAAUUCAUAGGUCGGACACGGAAUUAAAAUACAAUUGGGAGCGGCUAUCUUUAGAACUAAUUACUGGCUCGAAGCUGACGUGUUCAGAAUUAAUGUGCAUGGAAGCCGUUCGUUGCUUGAUCGUGCCCGUUAUCUUGACAAGUCACUAACCUGAGAUCAGGCCCAAUUUAAGCGUUUCGUUUCGCCUUGCCCGCCGGAAUGCAAUUUUCAAAGCAAAAGGAAAAUAGAGCCUGAUCUCAGGUUAACAAGUCACAGAAGAGUACCAUUGAUAUCGAUGCCUCUGUGUUGGUAUCGGGUGCGGUUCCUUUUGAAUUUUAAUGUGUGAUUUAAACGAUUUGGGGGAAAAGUCAUUAAGAUUUUAAAAAGGGAUAAUUCUGUUAACAUUUUAGGUUGCCUCUCAGCAAGUUAUGUGUAUUCCUCCUCAACAAAUCUACCCAGGAGGCCAAGCUGGCGUUGUAGUUAUUCAACCAAGUGGUGCCAUAGCAAGUACUUCUCAUUUUUACCUUUUUGCUGCAGGACAGCAAACAGUCUUCUUACCUCCACUGGUAGCUAUUGCUUCUAGCUAGCAAAAAACAAUUAUGUAACGAAAGUACCGUCAAUGAUUACAAUAGUUUUGUGUAAAUUUCAUCGACCGACUCAAUACUUUGAACAUUAUUUUUGGAUGGUAUCUCAUAUGUACUAUCACUUAGCCGCGUUGGAAGUUUGUAUUGUACGUAAUGGAACUAAGUUUCUCCCCGUCCACCACGUCUCAACUAGUACGUUUCCCUCCCUUUUUUCAAGUCAACCUUGAUUAUAUUCAAAUAUCUGAAACCGUUUUUAACAGAAAGAAGCAAGGGAGCAUGAGAGACCUCCACCAUAUUCCUACAGUGCAGGGAAUGGAAAUGCUGUACCAUCAACUGCGUCUGUAAACGGUGCUGCUGAGGAUGUGCAUCUCCCAUAUUCAUUCAGUGAACAGACAGGCAAUGUCCCACUAUCUGCGGCAUCUGUAAGCGGUGCUACUGAGGAUGUGCAUCUACCAUAUUCAUACAGUGCACGGACAGGAAAUGCUCUACCAUCAACGGCGUCAGCAAGCGGUGUCACUGAGGUUGUGCAUCUACCAUAUUCAUACAGUGCGCGGACAGGCAAUGUCCCACCAUCAGCGGCGUCUGUAAGCGGUGUUACUGAGGAUGUGCAUCUACCAUAUUCAUACAGUGCACGGACAAUCAAUGUCCCACCAUCAACGGGGUAUACAGGCGCUGUCAAUGAGGAU